AUGACAUCUCGGGGGAAAGGUCAGUCAUCACAGGUUAUCCCGGACCUGAAGAAGAAGAGGCCGGUGGACACGCCAGAGGAAGGCGAGGUGGCUGUCCAGCCGACCAAGCAGCAGAAAACUACACGGGCGCCAAGGAGCAGAAGGGGCACCUCCUCGGACAGUAGGGAUGAGGGGAACCUUGCUGAAGUGCGCACUGCCCUUCGUCCAUGGGACCCAAAGUUGGAGCUGGAUGGGCUCGCCAUUCCUUACACUGCUUCGGUCCGAGAGUAUAAUCGUGGCCGGGCGGGGUACGUGGCGGAGGCCUUAGAGCAGCCCCUACUUCUUCCUAGGGACAUGGAGGCUUACAGGCGGUGCACUCAGUCCGAGCUCUUCCUAUCCCUUAAGAGGGAUCUCGCGCUGAUUACUCAGCAGGUCUUUGUGGCCGAGGAGUUUUGCCGUAGUAGCCGUAAUCUGGCUGAGGCUGAGACCCAGGCUCGGACAGAGGUGGAGAAAGCCUUGGGGUCCCUUAGGCAUGAUCACACUAAACUCACGGCUGAGUUCAAGGAUUCGGAGAACCGACGUAAAAGUGCAGAGGCCGGCCUAAAGACUGCCGAGGAUCAGGCGGAGGACCAACGCAAACAACUGUACACGGCUCAGCUUAACCUUAACACCGAGAGGCAGGCAGUGCAGGAUCUGAGGACUGCCCUGCAAAAGGUGGAGGAUGAACUGAGGCUGGCAAGGGAGGAAGUCCAGCUGAUCCGAGAGGCCACGGAGGCCGAGAAGAAUGCUGCUCGCCAGCUUGGGGCCGAAGAGACUGAGGCCAGGUUAUCUGAGGAGAUCCCUGAGGUGUGCAGGGAGUACUGCGACAUUUCAUGGAGCAUCUUCUAUCCUCCGGAGAUCCGAGUUAACCCUGAUGAAGCCCAAGUCACUUCGGAGCAAGACCUGGCGGUGCCUGAUGCCGUACUUGUGCCUGAUGUGGCUAAGGAUCCUGCCACUGACUCUACCGUUGAGGCUCCUCCUCCUCAGCCCGAGCAGAAAGAAGAUCCUCCCGCUGAAGCUUAG